AUGAAGUUCGCAUCAAUCGUCACCGUUCUAUCUAUCUCUUCAAUGGUAGCAGCAGCCCCCAUCAUCGAGCCACGUAACCUCAUCCCGGGACUCCCAAGACCCAUGGAAGCCGUCGAAGCCCUAUACCCUGGCUCCGGUGUCCCGAAGCUCGCGAGCAAGCUGGAAAAGACUCUCAAUCUCUGUAUAACUGGGUACGAACGAGUCGUAUUUCUUCUCAUUCUCUCUGGCGGGGAGAACUUACGCAGCGAGACUGCGAAAUUCAAGUUUAAUCAAGUUCCCACAAGAUACCAAUCAUAA